CUGCCCCAUCCCUCGCCCCCCCGCUGCCCCAUUGCUGGCCCUACAGCUGACCCCACACCCCCCCCGUGUCCCUCAGGCAACGCGCUGCUGCGGCGCCUGGUUCGCAUCGGGGUGCUGGACGAGGGGAAGAUGAAGCUGGAUUACAUCCUGGGGCUGAAGAUCGAGGACUUCCUGGAGCGCCGCCUGCAGACGCAGGUCUUCAAGCUGGGCCUGGCCAAAUCCAUCCACCACGCCAGGGUCCUCAUCCGGCAGCGCCACAUCCGGUGAGGGACCACCCCCCAGAAUGGGGACCCCCC